UCGCACGGCUCGGCUCAAGGAGUAAGGACUAGACGACUAGUGUUUCCCAACAGAUAUCGCCGAUCUUCCGAGAGAAUACUUCGACAUUUCGUGGUUACCGAUUUACAACCCCGAAACAUCCGAUUCCAAGGAAUAAAGUCUCCCUCCGCGAUUUGUUCCGGGCCGAUGCAUCCGGCAUAUCGGCCUCGAAAAUCCCUACCGCCGAUGUCCUACCCUCAGCUGCUGUUUUAGAUGGUACUUUACGUUUUGAAUGAAAAUUUGGCUCUUAAGUUGGACUAUUCGCAGCCAGAGGUAAAGAAUUGAGCAUUUCGUGACAGUUUCGAAGAAAUGCAAUACAAGGAUAAACAAGGUUUGGCACCUCCCCGAGCCACUGACCCUGGUUGGGCCCAUGGAACUAUGGUCAAUGGGGGUCGUCAAAAGAUUAAGUGCAAAUACUGCCAUAAGAUUAUCCUUGGCGGUGGAAUCUCCAGGCUAAAGCAACAUUUGGCUGGGGAAAGAGGGAAUGUAGUUCCAUGUGAGCAAGUACCUGAAGAAGUUAAAGUGCAGAUGCAACAGCAUCUGGGUUUUAAAGUUCUGGAGAAGUUAAAGAGGCAGAAAGGAUCAGAAAGCAGUAAAAAACCCUAUAUCUCCUACUUUCAAGGUAGUGAAGAAGAAGAAGAAGAAGAUGGUGUUGGACAAAUUCAGAAGGCAGCUUCUGCACAAUACAGCACUAGCAGAAGAGGAAAAGUGGUUUUGGAAGGAGCUUCCAGUCGAACUAAGAGACGCAAGAAGCAGAAUCCUUCAUCUGCGACUCAUUUUGUCACUCCACCUAUGCACCAGAAUUUUGCUUCCCAAGAGAGCAUAGAACAUGCGGAUUUAGCCGUUGCAAGAUUUAUGUAUGAUGCAGGAAUACCUUUCACUGCCGCAAAUUCAUGUUAUUUUCAAAAGAUGGCUGAUGCCAUCGCUGCUGUAGGCCCUGGUUAUAAGAUGCCAUCUUAUCAUUCUUUAAGGGGCAAAUUGUUAAACAGAAGUGUCCAGGAUGCAGGAGAAUAUAGCAAAGAACUGAGGAAGUCUUGGGAAGUGACUGGGUGUUCAGUUUUGGCAGAUAGGUGGAUGGAUGUAACUGGUCGUACAGUCAUAAAUUUUCUUAUAUAUUGUCCCAAGGGUACUACUUUCCUCAAAUCUGUUGAUGCAUCAGACUUAACAAAUUCUGUUGAAGGGCUCCUGGAUUUAUUUGAUACUGUGGUGGAAGAAGUUGGGGUCAAGAAUAUUGUCAAUUUUGUGACAGAUAUUUCACCCGAUUAUAAAACUGCAGGAAAACUGUUAAUGGAGAAGUACAAGACCUUUUUCUGCAGUACCUGUGGAGCACAGUGUAUUAGCUUUAUGCUUGAGGAAUUUGAAAAAAUCAAAGACGUGAAAGACGUUUUAGGAAAGGCUAAAAAAGUAACCCAGUUGGCAUAUAACAAUGCUUGGAUCCUCACUUUAAUACGGAAGAAAGCAGGUGAAAAAGAGAUUAUCCAGCUUGCAUCCAGGAGGUUUGCUUCUAUAUUUUUGAGUCUGCAAAACAUUUUAUCUAUGAAAGACAAUCUCCAUUAUACAUUUACAAGUGCUUAUUGGUUGCAAUCAUCUUUAUCUAAGCAAAGGGUGGGACUUGAAGUUGCAGAAAUUAUUGUAGAUCCAUGGUUCUGGUCGAACUGUGACAAGAUUCUUAAGAUUGUGGAGCCCCUGCUUUCUGUUUUACACCUUAUGGACAGUGAAGAGAGGCCAUCAGUGGGACAUAUCUACAAUGCAAUGGAGAAAGCAAAGCAAAGCAUAAUUAGGACAUUCAACAACAGCGAAUCUGAGUUCUUACCGUAUUUGAAGAUCAUCGAUGAUAUUUGGCAGGAGGAAUUCCAAAGCCCACUUCAUGCAGCUGCAUGCUAUCUCAACCCUUCUGUAUUUUAUGAUCCCAGUUUCUCCUUUAACAAAGUCAUCCACAAAGGUUUACUUGAUUGCAUUGAAACCUUGGAGCCGGAUUUAUCUGCCCAAGUUACGAUUACAAGCCACAUAAAGUUUUAUGAAGAAGCAGCUGGGGACUUUGGUCGACCUGUGGCACUUCGUGGUCGAGAGUCAUUGGCCCCAGCUACUUGGUGGUCUCUAUAUGCAUCUGAUUACCCACAUCUGCAACGGUUAGCUGUCAGGGUAUUGAGUCAAACUUGCAGCAUCACACCAUGUAAGAGGAAUUGGAGCACAUUCGAACGUAUAUAUUCUAAGACGCGGAACAGGUUGGAGCACCAGAGACUGAAUGACCUCAUAUUUGUUCACUAUAACUUGCAUCUUCAAGAGAGCAGGCAAGCAGAUACGGCUAAGGUCAGGUGUGCUAGAGAAACUUGCGAUCCUAUAUGCUUAGAAGCUGCGGAUGCGGGCAUUGGAGAUUGGGUUGAGGAUUUCAGAGCUGACACAGAAGAUGAGCACCCAAGCUCUCUGGGUGUAAUGGCCCCUGGCGAUAGGAAUCUUUUGAGUCAGGAAAUGCUAAAUUCAGAUGAUUCUAAUUGCAGUACUGAUGAUCGAAGCAGUGAUGUUACGAAAGGUAUUGAUGAUAAUGACGAUUUAUAGUGGCCUUGGUAUUGCUUCAAGAGAACAUCUAAUAGUGAUUAUCUUUGUUGUCAUUCAGUCACUCUUGGGUGCUUGGUAAUUGGUAUACUAGUCAGCAUUUUAAUCGUGAUUUUUAGUGGCAAUUGUAUUUCUUCAAGAGAACAUCGAAAAUCAACUCAGAGAGUUGGUCUUUUGAUAUAAAAAAUUGGCAAUUUAGUUCAUUCUCAGUAUUUCCAUUUGUCUGUGCGAUAUGACUUUGGAAGAUUAUGAUAUUUACCCCUUGUUUUGCUA